ACAUACCCACGAGGCAGAAUGAUCGGCGGGACGGGCGCCAUUAACCUGAUGGUGCACAGCCGCGGCAACCCACAAGAUUACGACAAUUGGGCCCAGUUAGGAAACCCAGGCUGGGACUGGAAAACAGUAUUGAAAUACUUUAAGAAAUCUGAAGACUACCGGAGUCCUCUGGAGCCAAAAGAUGCCCCGUUCCAUGGGAUUGGAGGUCCUCUGAGCGUACAGAAAGUUGGCUGGAUGCCGCCCGUUGGUAAACUUGCCAUCGAGGCCGGCAAGGAACUUGGACUUGAAGAAAUUGACUACAACACAGACACAAAAAUUGGAAGCAACAUAUUACAGCUACCACUUCGUGAUGGGCAACGAGUUACAUCAGCAGACGCCUAUUUGAUGCCGAACUUACGGCGCCAAAACCUGAAACUGCAAAUCAACUCGCAAGUGAUCAAGAUCAUCCUGAAUGAUGACAAUGUUGCCAUCGGAGUAAGAUACGUUCAUAGAAACAAGGUGAAGCGAGCGUUCGCGAGGCGAGAGGUGAUAAUAUCAGCAGGCGGCGCUGACUCUCCCAAGCUGCUCAUGCUGUCGGGGAUUGGAGCGCGGGAACAACUUGAUAAACUUGGGAUCAAAACUAGUGUCGACUUACCUGGCGUUGGCCAGAAUUAUAAAGAUCAUGUUUUACUAGAAGGAAUACAUUGGACGAUACACCCGAACAUUUCGUCGUCCGUUCUAUCCCUCCUCGGACCGUCAGCGUUGCUACGUUAUCAGGAGAAGAGAGAAGGCCCCAUGACCGUUCCGCCUGGUAUUGGUGCCUCGUAUUUUAUAAAAGUCGGUAAUCCGGACGAGCCGACCGUUCCGGACAUCCAAGUGCUGCUUGCAUCGCAACUGGUCGGACAAGAUUACGGCAUUUUAACCUUGGGCAAGUUCAAACAAUCAGUAAGUUCGUAUACGGUGCCGCGGGCUAAUUAA